CGAGAAGGUAAAUUAAAAGGCAAGCUCCGAGAGGCAUGCCCCUUUUUGGAUUUAGUCUUGCCGUGGAGGGAUUGUUGCUCGUUUUUAUAGUGACUGUUGUCUUCUUACUAGUUGUGUUAAAAUGUGAGGACAUAGUCAAGGCAGGACAGAACAUUCAAGAGAGCAUGUCAGAAACGGAGCAGAGUGAGAAAUUAGGAGCGCGCAAAAAGAAAAAGGUUACUAAAACAAAAGUGAAAGAGAUACAAAAGGCGGAAGAAAUGCCGCUGGAGGAAAAAAUAGGUAUACCCCGGAGGAUGAAGUACAAGUCAUCCGGAGAGGAUACUUUGUAUCCAUUAAAAGAAUCAGAAGCCUUAGAACUGACUGGUAGUGACUCUGAGCAAGAGUUGUCAGAGUGGGAGGAAGAGGAAUUAGAGGAAGAGGCAGCCAUAUAUGAGGAAGAAAGAUAUGGGCCUAGGUGGAGAGCCACUGUGAAGAAACCUAAAGUUAUGGAUCCUUUGUGGGCAAGGCUGGUAAUUUUGUUUCUUUUUUUCUUUGUGUGGGAUAGAGAAGCCACAGACAGCAAGCUUAAGCCCGGACCAAAACCUCUUUGGCAAAUGGUCCCUGCCUGCUUAGAGGAUAAACGAUGUGAGGAAGCUGUUAGGACAGGUCAGAGGGUCCUUGCAGAACAACAAGAAAGUAUGUCAGAGGGAGAAAAGGUCUCGAAAGAAAAAAAGAAAAGAAAAGGAGAUAAAAGGAACAGAGAGAAGGCAGAGAUAAAAAAUGGGGUCAGUGCAGCUUUUGUUGUGGCUCAAGUUGAGGCUAUUGCUAGGUAUGUGAUUAGGCUGUGGAAACCUCACAGAGUCAUACUGAUCAGAUUUGAUAGAGGUAGACCGCCUGAAAAUUUAUUCAGGAGAAUCAAACAAAAAGAUAAACUUGAGUGUGCCUACUUGGAUUCCUGGUCUCAAGGAGAUUUAGCAAGUGACAAGGUGCUUCUCUUAAAAAAGCAGUUUCAAUCGGCCCUUGGAGCCUUGCACCUGUAGCUAAGAUAUGUGUAACCACUUCAAUUUUGUUUUCUGAUUGGUUUUAAAUGUAUAAAUAUUCUCUACAUGCCUUGGUUAUGGACUAUUGGCUUUUAAGUUAUUGGAUAUGGUUAAAAAAAUGUAACAUUGGUAACAGAAAGUUGACAUAAAACUGGAAAAUUUGGAUGGAGUCAUUCUAGAUAACAUGUGGCAUGAGCCAAUCUAGUGAAACAGGUCUAAAUUGGGAUGCCUUUGCUACAAUUUUUUACUGAACAUCCAGUGAUUUUUCCAAAGGUCACUGCCUCAGAGCCUUUGUCUGGAGCGUUAAAUAUUUAUACAGAUGGCUCCAUAUAGGUGUAGGUGCCUAUAUGGUUGAUUCUCAAGAACCAGUAUUAAUUCAAUAUAGACCAGGCACCCCCCAAAUUACAGAACGUAAAAUUGUAUUGUAAGUUUUCAAAAGAUUUCAUGAUUUUUUUAAUGACUCUGCUUAUGUAGUUAAUGCGGUGCGCUCACUUGAAAUUGCAGGGCCAAUUCGGUCAACUAGUACUGUAUGUCAAAUUCUUUUAGAAUUACAAAAUUUGAUUUGGGCCAGAAAAAAUAAAAUUUUUAUACAACAUAUUCGAGCCCAUACUAAUUUGCCUGGUCCCAUGACCAGUAAUAACACCCUGGUGGAUGCUAGUACUCAUAGAGAGUUUAUUUUUCAUGCCACUCUGGUUGAUCUCACUAGAGGAUUUCAUCAAAAGUUUCAUGUACCUGCUUUCACUCUUCAACAAAAAUUUAAAAAUCUCUAGAGCUGCAUCUUGUGAUGUGGUGUUAUGUUGCCAAAAUUGUGUUCAAUUUCACCACCCUCCUCAUGUUGGGAUUAACCCUCGUGGUCUGAUCCGGCUAAAACUUUGGCAGAUGGAUGUCACACACAUAUCUCAAUUUGGAAAUUUAAAAUAUGCUCAUGUUUCUGUUGAUACCUGUUCUGGUAUUAUACACGCUACUCUGAUGACUGGUGAAAAAGCUCGUAAUGCCAUUAGUCAUUGCUUAGAGGCAUGGGCAGCCUGGGGAAAGUCUGAUAGUCUCAAGACAGACAACGGGCCUGCCUACACUGCAAAGUCCUUUCAGGCAUUUUGCCAGACAAUGCAGUCAAACAUACUACAGGAUUGCCAUACAAUCCCCAAGGUCAAGGAAUUGUGGAAAGGGUACAUCGUAUCUUAAAAGAGCUUAUAAAAAAACAAAAAGAGAGAAUUGCCAGCGGCCAAACACCAAAAGAACAACUUUCUUUAGCUCUUUUUACUCUAAAUUUCUUAAUUUUGGAUGUGCAUGAUCGCUCUGCCGCGGAUCGCCAUGCUGCUACUAUACCUAUAACUAAUGUAGAAGUAAAGUGGAAGGAUGUCUUAACUGAUGAAUGGCGUGGCCCAGAUCCCAUGAUUUCGAGAUCUAGGGGAGCGAUUUGUGUUUUUCCGCAGAAUCAAGAAAAUCCAAUUUGGGUACCUGAGCGUUUGACUCGAAGAUUGCCUUCUGCUCUUCCUGAAGAUGAGACUACGAACCCUACUAUUACUACUGGGAAUGAACAAAGAAAUCUCGAAUUAUCUGAAAGGAAACUGGUCCAUGAAAGCAGAGCAACUAUCAAGACAAUUGCUGAUGCAGAUUGCUGUCCUCAACAGCACUAGGCUGGACCCCAUCACAGUUGAAGACUUUACCUCAUGGAUUACCAAUGCUUUCUCCCUUGUUAAGGAGUGGGCGGGCAUGUUUGUCCCGGGGAGCUAUUGUCCUCCUGGGAUGCGGAGUAGGUCUCUGGCUUAUUGGCCGUUUAAAAAGAGAACAUGCCAGACACAAAGUGGUUGUUUACCAGGCUAUGACCACCAUUAAAAAGGGUGCUUCUGGGGGCUGGGGAUUUAGCUCAGUGGUAGAGCGCUUACCUAGGAAGCGCAAGGCCCUGGGUUCGGUCCCCAGCUCCGAAAAAAAGAACCAAAAAAAAAAAAAAAGGGUGCUUCUCCCAACAUAUGGCUGGCCUCUUUGAAAGAUCAAGAGUUCGCCCUAGAUCAUUUUUGUCACAGUCAUGUGGAGUCAUUGUAUCCAGGGACGGGCAACUUUCCUCGAACUCAGACCAACCUAAGACACGGGGCCCGGUGGCGAUAGGGUAACUCUAUGACGGGUAAGGCCGAGUUUGGAUGAGAACGACCUAAGACAGGAGCAAUGACAAGAUUGACGUGACACCCAGAUCUAGACCAGUCAUUUUAUUAAACAAAAAAGGGGGAGAUGUAGAGAGCGGCGCGGCGAAACAAAGAUGGCGCCGACAUCCAGCCUUGUCUGGAUAUAAACGACUUACUGCGCAUGUGCAGGCUUGUCCCCUUGCUAGGGCUCCCUCUAGUGGUGAACAGCGGUACUGCACAUGUGCGGUUUAUGCACCAGGUGUCAGUUGACCGUUAAUAUGCUAAUGAGGUGAUUCAUUCUCCGCCAAUCCCUGGAGGACAAGUAGUGGGGUGAUCCAAGCCCCACCAAUCCCUGAGAGAUAAUUAGCAUACUGUUGUCUAUAUAAGCCGAGCGAUUUUGCUGCUCGGAGUCCCUGUUCAGAAGAGCUGUAACACUAAGAAGAGCUGUAACACUGAGAAGAGCUGUAACACUAAGAAGAGCUGUAACACUGAGAAGAGCUGUAACACUAAGAAGAGCUGUAACACUGAGAAGAGCUGUAACACUGAGAAGAGCUGUAACACUGAGAAGAGCUGUAACACUAAGAAGAGCUGUAACACAGUAAAGGCUUGCUCGCAGAAGAAUCCUGUUGCCGCACGUCGUUCUUGCUGGCGGGACAUUGGGCGCGCGACAGAAGAGGUUUUGGAAUUCCACAGACUGAAAUAAAUGUGGACUGUGGAGGCCUGGUUCAUUAGGUUUCAGAGAGGAACAAGCACUCUCUCAGGUACCAGGUUAGAGCUACAUUCUAGCAAAGAAUCUAGCUAUGUUCUGCCUGUGUCCUGAGACUGAAGGGAGGCCAAACUUAAUGGACUGAUGUCUUCAGUGAAAGGCAUUUCAAGACAGGACAGCAUCCAGGAUGAAGCAUGGUUAUUGAUUGCCAAUCUUACCUGGGUGAAGAAGAGUUAAAAACUAUUGUAGAAUAACAGAAGAUGCAGUUUUUCUAAGAAAGAGACUGACAAAUUUUUUUAUUAGAUAUAUUUCUUUACUUACAUUUUGAAUGUUAUUCCCUUUCCCAGUUUCCUGUCCAUAAGUCCCCAUUCCCUCCCCCUCCACCAUAUGGGUAUUCCCCCCAUCCAUCUCCCUUAACCGCCCCCCUCCAACAUUCCCCUGCACUGGGGGUCCAACCUUGGCAGGACCAAGGACUUCCCCUCCACUGGUGCCCCAACAAGGCUAUUCUCUGCUACCGAUGAAGUUGGAGCCCUGGGUCAGUCCAUGUAUAGUCUUUUGGUAGUGGUUUAGGGACUGGUGCAAAUUUAAAGUUGCAGUCAAGGGAUGUGCCGAAAAGAAACUGUGAUUUUUUUUUUAACAGAAACCUCCUGCUCUGUAGAGGCAUAGGAAAGGUGCCUGGAGGGCAGGAGUCCACCCAACAAAGGCUCCAACUUGUGAAAUUGCCAACUUACUUGAAAGAAAAGAGCCUGAACUCAGAACACCAAAGGGCUCUUACUCUUAGAAAACAACUGCCUAGCAAGUGUUUCCCCAGGGUCAGCACCCAAGAGCUGCUACAGCUGUGGUCCAAGUCAGCCACAGUAUAUCUCGAGCUGGCAGUAGAAUUUGACAGUGUUGUCUGCAUGGUUCUGGCUCCAUAAGCAUGAAAAAUGCUACAUUAGUGUGGCCCCAUGGUUCCAGAAAUCUUAUGAGGUCAAGCUACACAGUGACAAGGCAAAAGAGACUGCAGGAGUCCCUGAGAGUGAAGGUAAAGUCUAAGAUGGCAAGAGGGUUCCAGGAUGUUUGAGAGACCAGACGCAUGGCAUCCACCAAAGAAAUCUGCAUACAUGGAACAGAGCCAGUUCAACAAGAAUCAUGUGUUAUGGAGUGGGCAGAGCUGGGGGUGAGGAAGCAGGGGCUACCUAAGCCCUUUGGAGAUUAUAUGAUGUCAUCUAUAGUAAAAAGUGGAGCUAGAUGAUUUGGUAUUUCUUCUGCCUUUCCAUCCUGCCUCGGUCCGAUCUUUUUGCUCUACUCCUAUUCUCUUGUUUAGAACAGGAAUGUUUACUUUGGCCAUUUUAUGUUGGAAGAAUGUAGUCUGUCCUUUGAUUUCAUAGGGACUCACACAUAAGGGUUCUCAGUUUGCUUUGGUUCUCAGAAGAGACUUUGGGCAUCUAAAUAGUGUCAGUCUUGCUCAUUAAAGGGACUUCAGAAGUUGGGAUGAAUACAUUUCCCAACGAGAUGGCAAUGAACUCAUGGGGGCUAUAGGUAAGAUGUUAUAGUUUGAAUGUGAAAGGUCUCUACAUGCUCGAGUUUGAACACUUGGUCCCAGGCUGGUGGUGCUAUUGGAGUGGAGAAGCUUUUAGGAGUGGGUUCAUGCUGGAGGUACUUGGACCCAUGUCCUGUCCACACCGCUCUGUUACUGAGAUGCAAUGGGACUAGCGGGCUCGUGCUUCUGCUGUCAUUUGUGCCAGAGGUUAGACCCUUACACCUUUUCACUCCUUCUUCAGCCUCGCUGGCAUUAACACUCAUCAUUUUACCCCCAAACUCUAAACACAUGUUCGUUUUUAAAUUAUUUAUUAAACCAGGCUCCCAAAUACUGCUAUGUAGUCAUUGUCACUGAUUUUGCUACAGUGGAUUUACAGUAUAUCAACUACCAUUUUAAAUACCAUUCUUGAUUUCUACAUUUGAAGCCGAGAAGACAGACUCUUGAGGGAAAGGACACAAUUUCAUUCAUUUAUAAUAAAUAACCUCAUCUUGCAAUCCCACUGCUUAGUCAGUCAUCUUGGUGACCCAUUCUUUGCAACAAGUUUUGCAAAUGCCCUUUUUUUCAUUCUCAGAUGCCUUUGGCAACCUGGUCAACAUCUGAAGGUACCAGAUGAUAUUACCUUCAACUUAUCAUCACCAAGCCUAACAGCCCAUAAACAUCAGCAUCAACUUUCUUCUGCUUCUGAACUACUGUGUCAAAAACAGCAUUCCUUCUCUUAAAGCCAGUAUUUAUUCGUUUUUAGGUCACCCUUCCUCCCUUCCUGAGGAAGCGUAAAUGCAUGUUUUCUUGAUUCUAAAUUCUCAGUCACUCCCUUUCAUCAGUGUCUUCUCCUUGAUAUAUAAACCAUACAUUUUUCUAGUUCUUAGCUAGUUGUAGUUAUUUAUUAUUAUUGGCUAUUGAGCAACAGCAUGCCUUUUCAACAGUACUAACUUGAAAGUACAUUAAAAUGUUAAAAAUCCAUGUGAUUUUUAUUCAGACAAAAGCAACCUAGCAUCUCAGUUAAUUGAUAUUCUAUAAGCUUAUCAUGGGGUUAGACAUCUGGUAUACCCACAACCAGACUGGAUUUGACUAAAAUAGAAUCCUAGACCUGAUUAAAGUAUCUUCAUCUUAAUUAUUAAGUUCUUUUCCCAAUCCCAUAAACAAAAUAUCUUAACGAACUGAACUAAGCGAAGGAUCUUUUCCAAAAUGUCAUCUUAAUUUAGAAUUUUUAAAUAAGGCUCUAUGAGAAUAAUAAUUUCCGAAUUUCCAUAGCACAAUAUAAACAUCCAGCUUCUUCUGAUGAUGCUAAGUAUUUAAAUCAUUUAAAAACAUUUUUACAAAGAUGAAAACCAGGAGUAAUCUAUUUUUGAUCACUGAGACAAAACAUGCAUUACCUGUCUUAGGGUUUCUACUGCUGUGAUUUAAAACACGAGAUGAAAAGCAAUUUGGAGGGGAAAUGGUUUACUUCAUCUGAUAGCUUAUAGUCUGUAAUCAAGGCGAGUUGGGACCAAAACUCUCCAAGCUGAAACCUGAAGACAGAGACUGAUGCUGAGGCCAUACAGGAAUAUGCUGCUUACUGGCUCGCUCAGGAUGCUUUCUUAUACAGCCCAGUGCCACCUGCCCAUAGAUGGCACUACUGACAGUGGUCAAGAAAAUGGCCCAUAAGCUUGCCUACAGGUCAGUCUCAUGGAGUUUUCAAUGGAGGUUCAAGUUGACAUAGGUGAACCUAGCUUUUGUCAAGUUGACAUGAAAACUAGCCCAUACAUUACUCAAAUGUUUAUCCUUCCUAAACAUGAACAAUCCUUCGUCAAGUUAGGGUCCUGUCAACAAGCCUCUCUCUCACUUACAGCACAAAUAUUUUAUAUAAAUCAAUGAGACAAUGAAUGCAAAUGUGCUUUCAAAAUGAUGAAGCAGAAACAAAGCAGUCACUUUUAUUGUUUGUCCUUAAUGACAAAUAGAUCAAAACCUAUUAACAUUAAUAUACCUUUACUACAGUGUGAAUUCUUUCCAAUACAUUUGCUCAUCGGGCUAAAAUCAGAAAUCAAGAACAAUUUCCUGGGUAUUUGUUGUACAGUGGCUAAUCUAUGUUUAGACAAACCCCUAAAGUAAGAAUCAACAAGCUUAUGAGCUUGUCACGGAGCUUGGGUUAAUCCCCAUGUAUUGGUAAGAACAUAGUGAAUUACUGAUGGCUACAACACCUUAGGGCUCAUGUAAAAGGAAGAGACAUUUUAUGGGUCCACAGGAGUAGCACACCAGAGGAAGGCAAGCUGUGAUCAGUGUAUACAUCAUAUUCCCCUUCUAAAUAAAGACUUUCUUCCCCUUGUGUUUUGAUUUAGGUUUAUCCUGGAAAUUAAAUUGGCCAAUACGGAUAGUAAAUAUCAUAUUCAUGAAUUUCCAAGCCAGGGUUUUAAGAGAAGUCUGUCUCUAAUGCUCUCUUGUUAGAAUGUUCAUGCUGUGUUACUUCUUUGAACCCAAGCAUCAUAACAUAUGAAGAAACUCAGCCAUUAGGAAGGAAGAACUCCAAGCCAGAUGCAAGCCUUACACGGAACUGAGACGCGACAGUUGGGUUCCCAGCUGAGAGCUACCAUCAACUGUCAACCAGGUGGAAGAACUAUGUUUAAAGCCUUAUCUGGCCCUAAUAUAACAGACGUUCCAGCAACCAUCACAUAAAGAACGAAAGUGACUUUAGUCCAUCCCGAGAACUGUAAGAAAAACCAUUACUGAUGUAAGUGGAGAUGCUGUGUUAGCAAUAGGAAACAAAAGUUGUGUAUUACUGCAUAGAAAGCAAAGCAUUGCAGUGCCAUUUUCAAUGGAUUUAUGACACAUUGCGUCAUUCUUCCACCAUCGUCCUUUAUUUUUGUACCAUAAGAAGAAUUUCACUAAGUUAAAAAAAAAAAAAAGGGAGGGGCUUUGCAAAUCUAAAGGGACAGAGGAAGCUCCAUGAACACAGCUGAUCAGAACGAUUCGAAGGCAGACAGAUUCCUGAGUUCCAGGUCAGCCUGGGAUGCAGCAAGUUAGGGCCCAAGAGUGAUAGAAGUGGUAAUUUCAGGACAGGGUCCCAUCCAGCUGGUUUAUCAUCUGUGUUUAACAGAGGCAAGGAAGACCUCUGAAUUCUUUUGCAAUGUUAAAAAACAAAAAUAAACAUGCUUGCUGUCCCCUAAGAA